AUGGCGCCGGGGCUGGCGCCCGCAGGAGGCUCCGCCGCCGCUGUGCUGCUGCGGUACCUGCGGGAGCAGAACCGGCCAUACAGUGCCCAUGACGCCUUCAGCAACCUGCAGCGGGAGCACGGGCUCGGCAAGGCGGCCGUGGUGAAGGCGCUGGAGCAGCUGGCGCAGCAGGGCCGCAUCCGGGAGAAGGCCUACGGGAAGCAGAAGAUCUACUUCAGUGACCAGGAGCAGCUCCCGGCCGCCAGCGAUGCUGAGCUCCGCGGCCUGGACGCGCAGAUCGCGGCUCUCUCCGGGCAGCUGCAGGCCCUGCAGCAGAGCUGCCGGCAGCUGGAGGCAGAGCUGAGGGACCUGAGCGGCUCCAUGACCACCUCUGAGAUGGCCAAAGAGCUCAGGGAGCUGAAGAGGGACUGUGAGAGUUACACAGAGAAACUGCAGAGGAUGAAGUCGGCCACGAACCACGUCACUCCGGAAGAAAAGGAGAAGGUGUGCAGUGAGCAGAAGCUGUACUGCAGAGAGUGGCGGCGCAGGAAGCGAAUGGCGACCGAGGUGCUGGACGCCAUCCUGGAGGGGUACCCCAAAAGCAAGAAGCAAUUCUUUGAGGAGGUCGGGAUAGAGACGGAUGAGGAGCACAACGCUGUGCUGCCAGCAACCAUGUGAGGCACUGAGGAGCCUCUGCUCCAGAAGGAGCCAGUGCUGGAACUCAGCUCUUGGGUUGGUUUUUGUCCUCUUUUUGGGCUCAUCCUGCACAUUUCUAGAUGUUGUGGUUCAGAAUGGUUCCCAGCAGGGCCCUGGUGGUCCAGCGAGGCCUCAGGAGGGUGAAGGAGCUGGUGUCUGCAGAGCUCCACGUGUGUCUCAGCCAUGAACACACGAGCACGGCCCCAUUAAACACCAGCAUUUGGGUUCA